ACAUGUUACCUAAGCUAUCGCAUCUAUCAACAAGAUCGAGUGCAAGCGACAGCAGAUCGAGUGAUCAGAGCAAACGGUGAGCGCGCGCUACGUGAUUCGUGAAGGCAAAUGGCGACCAUCAAAGCCAAGGUCCAGGACGCCGCCUCCUCCGCCAAGGCCGGCAUCGAUAAGGCGAAGGCCACCGCCGGCGAGAAGGUACAGAAGGCGACGACGACGGACCCGGCGAAGAAGCGCGAGGCGGAGGAGAAAAAGGUGGACCGCAUGCACAAGGUCCACUCCGACGAGCGCGAUGAAAAGGGGGACCACGCCGCUGAGAGGUCCGGGAGGCGCACCAUCGUCACCGGCACCUAGUUAGCUUCUACUCCUACUUGCUAGGCCCGACUACAGCAUGUAGUAGUAGCGUAACCUCGGUUGUAAGCGAAUCGAGGAAUCAAAAUAAGCGGCAGUCCGUCAUAGAAUGUGGUUCGAUUCGAUCCUUCAUCUUCUAGGCUUAUAAAUCUGAUGUUUCGAAAAACGUGACCCGUCUCCAUCGCCCUCUACUCGAACAAUCUUUCACCACAGGUCUAUUGUGAUGAUGUCUGAUUAUCUUUUUCUUUUCUUUUGCUAUAAUCGAUGAUGUCUGCUUCAUUGCCGACGGGCUACGGUUUUGUAAUUGAGGAGACACUCAAAGACGCAGAAAUUCCAACCGACCGGUGUUUGGUGGUUGCAGGGAUCAACACUCGUAUAAGAAGUUUUUCAACCGGGUGGUGUUCGAAGUUUUUCGUCAUUAGGGAUCAACUCGUACAAAAAGUUUUCAACCGAGUGGUAUUUGAAAUUUUUCGUCACUCUUCGGUGGUUAUAGUUUUCAACCAAGUGGUGUUCGAAGUUUUUCGUCAUUCUGUCGAUGGUUAGCACGGAUGAAGAAGGAAUUUUUCUUUUC